AUGAACCUCUCGUACACCACCUUUUUCUACAUUGCGGCGCACCUUGUCGUCAACGCGAUCGCGCUGCCGGUCGUUGAAGUAGACAGCACUGCACAGCUGCAGGCGCGUGCCGGUGGUGGCAUCGGCGACAUCCUCAAAGACCACGCCAAGUACACCACCAACCCGCCGUCGGCCUUGGAACCCAUCCCGGCGGCCGACAACAACGCGGUGCGCGAGACGCACCGGCAGGCGCACAAGACCAUCUUCGAGGUCAUGACAGGCGGCGCCGGCGGAAACAAGGCCGGAGAUAAGGCUGGAGAUAAGGCUGGAGACAAGGCCGGAGACAAGGCCGGGAAUGAAACUGCGGAAAAGGGCGGCGACAAGGACAAGCCUGCCGCCUAG